AUGAAGGCCAUCAGUGGCUAUCACGUAUGGCUCUACCACGCCCUGAUCAUCCCACCAAGCCCCAAGUCACCAUCUUUCCUUAACCCGAAGGCAUCCGAUCCACUCGCCGUGUGUAACCAGUUCGCCUCGCAACUGUUACAGUUCGCUCCAUGUUUGCAUUUGUCCAACCCCAUCUCACUGGCUGAAUUUAAUUUCGCUCACCGACACAUGUGCUCUCCGCUACUUCUCAGCCGAUCGUUCGACUUGGUACGGUGCGCUCCGUCCACCGAAGCUGCGGAUAAAAACGGAGACACAUUAACGCAGUCAGAGCCAACGAUUCUGUCUUCUGGUCAAUCUGAACGAUUCUCCCGUCACUCAAUCACUUCCCCUUGCACCUCGGAGUCUGAGGGUGAUUUGGACAUGGUAUCACGAAACACCGACAGCUCAUUUGAAUCGAUCGAGCACACUAUUUAUUUAAAAUGCACCUGGCCCAUUCUCUAUGCGAGUCUACUCGCCAGCGCUGUGGAUGCAGUUCGAAGUUUGUGGCCGUUGUUUCACACGGGAUCAGUGCGCCAAAUCAGCAAGCAUGACGGCAGUGAUUCGGACAAGAACGGCAAGUGUAGGCCAGACAGCACACCGGAAGUGGAAUUGUGUGUUGCUGGCUUGGAGACACUGACCAAAAAUAUCCAGGAAUCCAAAGGCUCCUAUCUUUUAACCGCUGUACAAUCAGGAUUAUUGCCAUUCCUGUACAACAUGGCUUGGGUACUGGAAACCGCGUUAGUACGCUACGAGGAUCGACUUGCCCAAGCGGAUUGUCUCGGUCUGGGACCACAUGUCCUCAUUCCCCUGGUGACUACACUCAGUCGACUGAUGGCUCGUGUGACGCAUGCUCUUUUAUCCCAUCCCAGCUCCGGAUCAAAUGAAAUGGCUGGGACGGAUGACCUCAUGUUCAGCACUGUCACUCAGUUUAUUCGACAUCUGUUUGUCCUGUCACCCGGGUCAAAUGUCAGCAGCUCUGCGGCGGACCAGGCCCAAACUGAUGAUCGUGAAAAUCAAUCGAACGCAGUUGCGCGAGUCGAGGAACUUUUCAAGCAGUUCACGUGGGCUGUUGAUUUCACUGUGGAUAUGCUCACUUAUUCCGAAACGGAAUAUAAUCCAGUCCUUCAAUUUUUCCGAGUGUUCGAUCCACACGCAUCCCACACACGUGUUCUGGAUAUUCGCGCUUUCGAAUGGCUCCACGCCUAUCCCAGGCAACAGCACCCCGCUCUCUCCCAACAGGGUUCUGCCCGAUCGGAAACUUCACGCUCUCGAUCCGUACAACGCGCAACGCAUCGAAAUCAACCCGCUCACACAACCGGGUUCUCUCGUUCCCGGUCCGCUUCGCGAGAUGCGACCGCAACAAGUAGCUCGGUCACAUGGAACAAGCCGACUAGUGGGUUCAAUCCGUUCGCCGGAUUUCAACAAAGCUUGGAUCAGGCUUUGAUUACUUCACUGUUCACCACAGGAUCCCAUAUCCAAAAUGGUACACUGCUACAAAUUCCAAAGAAAGUGAAAUGCAUCAAUUCCUCAGAUUGUCUGACCAUGAUUUGUCGUGCUUUGGCUCGUCUACUAGUUGCACGGACACAACCACCGGUUGCAGAUGCGGCUAUCGAUCCGUUCACCACGUAUCUGUUAAAACUGAGCAACGAAGAGCCAUGGUUGCUUCGCGCCUGUUUGAACAGUCUGCCGCGUCUGUUUUCAUCUGUAUUUUGGAGUAAUUUAGUUGAUUUAGAAAAUUGGUUACUCAGUUUAAUGGCAAGCGAAUCGAUUCUACUGGACGGCAACACUUCACUCACAACCGGUUCGGUCAUCAUUUCCUCGACCCGCUUCGUUUCGGACGCCACUUCCUCCUCAGUUACACCCGUACGUUCAUCUUCACUAACAGAAUUGUCUCACAAACACACGACCGGUUUAAUACUCCGUCAAUUGGAACAACUGUUCCUCACUGUUCGUUCGCUUCUCUCGUUUGGAUUGACUUCACUCAUUCCGGAUCAGUUGGAGUUGUCUAAACAGGCCACCAGUGCUCGCGUGGACAAUUCUGACGCGUCCGUCAGAGCCGCCUUGACAAAACCGGAAGUAUUUCGUCAUCGGGAUUUGUUAAUCCUAGCAGAAGCUAAAGCGAAGGAGCGUUGGUUGGCGGCUCUGCCCAAACCUCCAAAUGAUCGUUCGGAUGUGAUUCGGGGCAAAUCUGCUGUCGUUGCCGUCCCAGCUAAUAAGUCCAGCCUUCCAAUGAUUAUAGACCUACUCUUGCCCUCCUUCGGGACCUCGUCUGAACCGCCAGUGUUUCGCUCUUCCUCGGCUGCCUCUCAGUCGCCCAUGUUACGCAGUAAUAAGGCAACUAUUCCAGCUCCACCCAGCUCCAGCCGUCGACGUCACUCAGCAAAACACUUGGCCACGCUUGCGCAUCGUUUUUGUGUGGAUGGACACAAUGCUUGGGUGACUGCCGCCGAGGAACGGAGACGGAUUUCUGGGCCUUUGGGCAUUAUUCUUUGGUCACGUCUGGCAGAUCGAGUAGCUCAUUCACGUGCAUUGUUUUACGACCCGAACUCUGCUCCUGGGAUUCUUUGUGUGGAUCCCGUUGAAGGUCCAAUGCGUCAACGACGUCGUAUGUUCCAGAUACAUCUCCCGUUGGCUGAUCGUCUCAUGUUACCAGAGAAGCAAACUUUUUUAGCACAUCGUCGUACUCGCCAUCCAAUUGCUGCAUUGAUUGGUCUUCCGGAUCACGUGGAUCAUCCGCCGGACCGACGUGCAUGCAACUGGUCACAACUUCCGCUCUAUUUACCUUUGCCUGCAUCCCCUUUGGUUCAGCUGGCUUCUGCCGGUCGUCGUGAUGUCCAGGGUAUAUGGGCUUGUAGUCUAGUCGGUUUGCUUCACAUUCCUCCGGUCGAAGGGGAUCUGAUUUUGGGCCAGUCUUGGCUUCGCUUUCAGCCGGAAUCCGCCAGUCGGGAAGACUCGGCGUCAUGCGCGUUCGGGUUAGGAUCUGGAGUGCGACAGGGGUGCCCAUUAUCCCAAACACUGUUGAACUGUGCCGUUGACUGGAUAAUGGGUCGUUCGGUGGAAGAAUACCAGGGAGUUCAGUUCUCUCCGAACUUAUGGCUCGCCGACUUGGAAUUCGUGGAUGAUAUCGUCGUCUUUGGCGAGGACAUGUCCAACCUCCAAGGAAUCGUUGACCACAUCAGUCGACAGGCCUCCGAGAUCAGCCUAAAGGUGAACACAUCAAAAACCAAAACCUUUGCGACAGUCCCGAUUCAUCCCGAAAAUACUUUACUACUAAACGGCGAGCCGAUCGAAUCCGUCGAAAGCUUCAAAUACUUGGGCUCAACCAUACUCCCCAACGGCCAAGCUAAAGACGGGAUGCAA